UGGGCGCCAGCGGGGGCGUGGCCCCGGUCUGCCCUGCGCCAACGGGAGGCAGUGGCGCCAGGCGGGCGGGGCGUGGCCGGCGCGGCGGAGGGAAGAUGGCGGAGGAGGAGAAGCUGCCGUCGGGCUGGGAGAAGCGCAUGAGCCGCAGCUCAGGCCGUGUGUACUACUUCAACCACAUUACAAAUGCUAGCCAGUGGGAGCGCCCCAGCGGUGGCGGGAAGAACGGCCAAGGAGAGCCCGCCAAAGUGCGCUGUUCACACCUCUUGGUGAAGCACAACCAAUCCAGAAGGCCCUCAUCAUGGAGGCAGGAAAAGAUCACGCGGAGCAAAGAUGAGGCACUGGAGCUUAUAAAUGGAUACAUCCAGAAGAUUAAAUCUGGAGAGGAAGAUUUCGAAUCCCUCGCUUCCCAGUUUAGUGACUGCAGCUCGGCAAAGGCGGGAGGAGACCUGGGUGCUUUUGGGAGAGGUCAGAUGCAGAAACCUUUUGAAGAUGCCUCAUUUGCGCUGCGGGCUGGUGAGAUGAGCGGACCCGUUUUCACAGAUUCAGGGAUCCACAUCAUUCUACGUACGGAGUGAAGUGCCUGGUGACCUGUAGAAAGGAAAGGGCGAGGGGAAGAAAGGAGGGGAAAAAAACAAAACCCUACUCCAGCCCUGCACUCUCCCGAAUGAACUUCAUAGAUCUAGUUAAAAAAACCUCAUUUCAUAUUUCAGUACCUUCCGUGGCACCUGACACGUUUUCCCCCUGUAGAGAUGCAUGGUUAGCCAAGGAUGAGAAUGCAAUCCAACAAACAGACGGUAGCAUCUUUCAUAAGCAGAGAGAAUGUUAAAAUUCUCAGGCAUGCCACAGCCGCUUGAGUUUUAUAUUGACAAUUUCUCCGUUUAGGAGACGUGUCGAUGCUAAAGGUCACACUUCAAUGCUUCCCACAUCCACCUUAUUAAUGAUAGAGUAUUUAUUACAGAACUGCACUGAUGGUGGUGAAAAUGACUCGUGUGCUCUAAUGUUUAAGAUGGAAUGAAUCUCUGUCCCACCCCUGCAUCCCUGCACUGCUUUAAAAAAAGAAAAGGUUUUCUCUAGACUAAGCAGCAUUCGGUCUGCACCCCGGUUUUUGUUUGUAGAACUGAUCUGUCAAAGCCAUUUAUAAAUUGAUAAGAUACCGCACAACGAGUCAUGCUGAUAAGGCCUGUCACUGGUGCCUGUGUGCAUCUGCCCUUCACGUAGCUGACUCAGUGCAGGUUGUUGUUCCUGCCAGACAAUGGUAACUGGAGCUUCCACCUCUGCCCUUGCAUGGACUUAAAACUUGAAGAUGCCUUUUGGUUUGUGAUGAGUAUAAACAAGGGGGGGAAGGGGGUUAAUGGGCAGUAGUUCCCAGUACAGAAAGAUCAGUAGCCAAUUAAGCUGUGUAGAGGUCUGUAGAAUACUGUGUGUUAACCAUUCCAGCAUGAGGUCACUCCAUUAAGACAUGCCAGUGCCAUUCGGUAGGAGGGACUGCAGUGUGGAGAGAGUGCUGUUUUCUCAGAGCGUCUCUUUAUCCACUUGUGGUUUAAUCAUUGUAUGUCACUGUUUCCAGUUACACUGCAUUGCUUAUGUUUAGACAAAACUAAACCAGAUAAAGUUCCCAGCUUCGGUCCAGUGCAAAGAUGCUGUAUAGUUCCAGUUCUCUUACGCAGAAAAUAAAGCCCUCUCCAGUUGAACAUUU